GCUGAUAUUGCGUUUGCUAACUGUAAAUCCGCGCUGCUUGCAUUGUUAAAUUUACUGAAUGUGUUACAAUGACUUCGUUCAACACUGCUGCUGUGUCUAUGAAUUUAGAUGAAUAUUACGAUCAUUUUGUGGUUCCCAAGCCGGAAAUUCCCAAAAUCUAUCCGGGCUGUUCUGGGCAAACAAAAAAAAACGACAGGCAGCUCAUUUGCAAUCCUAUAAGGAUAAUGACGCAGCAAACGAUGAAGACGAUGGUGAUGACGACGAAUUGGAAUUAGAGCAGACCACAUCGAUCGAUGAUGAGUUUGAUUCGUCAAUUCAGGACUCGACUAAUAAUCAAAUUGACUACGAGACCAAUGAAUUUAAUCAAUUAUACGAAGACGACAAUAGCCAAAAGAAAACUGAGCAAAGUACCACUCCAGCAACGUCUGAAGCAUCUGUUGGAUCUGGUCAGCAGCGAGGCCAAGCCACCAAUAAUAUGAAUAGACCGCCUGGUGCGUAUUCUAUAGAUCUCAACGAAACAGAUGGAGGCGGAAAUCUUCGUGCUAAACAACGAAAAAGCAAACGGUUUGUGCCUUUUAACAAUAAUAAUCGCAACAGGAUUCCUGUUCAACAGCGAUUGGGAACCAAAAAUCAUCGCGGACAGUUCCUAAUGCGCAACGGAUCGAAUGCAUUAUUCAACAAUUACAAUAUUGACAAUUACAAUGGAGGCCCUUCAAAUGCAUUUAACCAUAACAACAACUAUAAUAAUAAUAAUGCCAACUUUAAUAUAAAUAGUGGCAAUUAUGGUAAUAAUAACAAUGCGAACUAUAAUCCAAACAUGUUCAAUAGCAACAUGAAUAAUUCAAACUAUAAUAAUGGAUAUAAUCCGCAACAACAGAUAUCCAUUAAUUCGAGCAAUGAUUUUCAACAUUCACUACAAGCUUCUAGAGAGAUGCCAAAUUUGGUGCGUUCAAAUUCAAACUAUAAUAAUGGAUAUAAUCCGCAACAACAGAUAUCAAUUAAUUCGAGCAAUGCAUUUCAGAAUUCACUGCAAACUACUAGAGAGAUGCCAAAUUUGGUGCGUUUCAACCCUGUUAAUGAUAAUCCGUUUUAUAGUUCAUUGAUUAUUGAACGCAACUUUGAAAAUUCGAAUUUGUUGAAUUCUUUGAUGAAUCCAGCCAAUCAAAUUUCCAAUAAUAAUAUGCAAAAUCGCUUGGGCCCUCAAUAUCAAGCUCGCACAGCGAAUGAUUUUGCUUUGGGUAAUAUUCGUGAGCAAACAAAUGGCAAUACCCAAACCAGAUUCGUACCUAAUAAUUCUUUGCGCUUAGCCGACUUGGUGAAUUUGGACAGAAACACCUUUGCAAACAUGACAGUGGCCAAAAAUGCAAUCAUGUUGCUAAGGACAACGGAACAACAUUCAGCAGACAAGCUCAUUAAUAAAGAUAAAUAAUGGAUCAUCAAGAUGAUGGCGUUAACAAAAAUUCGAAAAGGGCCAACUAUUAUUAACUUUAAGUUAUAACGAUCGAAAUGUUUCUUUUAGCAGAUAUGGCCACACUUAAGCCAUGUGAAUAAUCGUAGAAUAAGAAGCAGCAGCAGAUGCCGGUUCAAUCGCUGUGAACAGCAGCACACAUACACUGAAAACUGUGGAGAGAAGUAUUUGUGUUUUUGUUUUAAUUUUUAUUAUUUUUGGCUGAUAAGAAAAGGCCGUGCCGCUUAUCAGCAAUGCACAACAAGAAAGAACGAACACUGACAGAAAGAGAAAGAUAGAUGGAUGUGGUGAAACGAAAGCGAACAAAAAAUAGAAACAAACGACGAUAAAUGACGACUAAAAGCAAACUUUUUCGUACCCGAGAAUUAAAUGUGACGGCGAAACCUAAAAUACGAAAUAACAAUCAAUCAGUUAAUCUAAUUAAGCCUAAGAACGUGGACGUUAUAUUACCAAACAAAAAAAAUGUUUAAUGCCAACGGAUAAUAUUUGCAGUUUUGUGUGUUGUGGUGUGGAUAAAUAAUUGAUAGCAGUCUAAUCAACAAUUUAAAUGUACAUUUAAUUCGAAUGUAUGAAACCAAAACAUAAGAAAAUCAAAACAUAUGUAUAAAUUUAUUUCCUUUUCAUAAAAUUAUAAUUAUUUGAAUUUAUAUACGAAUUUUAAGAAUUUCAAUAAAGAACUUAUCAAAUACGUGAAAACCAAAAUAUAUACAUAAUUGUUGCUCAGCAUGUUGAAAACGAAGCAAUUGCUAAAACAAAUUGCCAAAGAAUAUUCCAACUUUGCACCCGCGAAUUUCGAGCUAAAGCGUGCGCUGGUCGUCACGAAACUCUCGCGUUAUGAGGUCGAGCAACUGCGUCAUCCGCAACUGUCGCGGGAACAAUUGGAUCAGAAGCUGCGCGAUCGGGGCACCGACGUUGAAAUGCUGCUCUAUUUGCACAAUCUCCACAAGGACUUUGAGCGUCGCAUUGUGCAGAGCUUUGAGAAUGUGGGAUGCGAGGUUAAAAUGUCCAGCAGCAGACUUGAAUUUAGAAGCUCUCUGAGCAAGGAUGUCAUGAGCUGGGCAGAUGUCAUCGUGCCUGUUGGUGGCGAUGGCACCUUUCUGCUCUCGGCCAAUCGGGCCAGUCCAUUGUUUGCGCUCAGUCAGCAGAAGACGCCAAUAGUGGGAUUCAAUUCGGACCCCAAGCACUCAGAGGGUCGCCUCAUGUUGCCCAAACAGUACUCUGAGAAUCCCGCCGAGGCGGUCGAGCGCAUCAAGAACGGUGACUUCAAGUGGAUACAUCGCUCGCGCAUUCGCACCACGCUCCUGGGCAGCAAUGGCACAAUUCCUGAGUCAACGGAUUUGUUUCGCCACACGGCUGUCAAAAUGGAACAGGUGACAACGUCGCCGGAACUGCUCGAUAAGCAAAUGUCUGCCAAAUACAAGGCCAAAAUGAAACGAGUGCUUCCCUAUCUGGCACUCAACGAGGUUUUUAUUGGGGAAAAUCUGUCGGCGCGAGUGUCACAUUUGCAGCUGGUGCUGAACCAUCAGGAUGUGGUUAACAAAACAAAGUGCUCUGGUCUGUGCGUGAGCACUGGAACAGGAUCCACAUCGUGGCACACAAGCAUCAAUCGCAUCACCAGCUGUGAUGUUGGUGAUCUAUUGCGAUCGUUGCCCAAUGCAAGUUCGCCGGAUAUGGUUGAAAUGCUGCAAAAUGUGGAUAGUAUUGCGCAUGGUUAUAAUCAAGGAUUGCUCUUUGCUCCUGAUGAUCCGCGUAUCUGUUACUCGAUUCGCGAACAAAUCUGUGUUGGUGUCUGGCCAUCUCCGAAAACGUUCAAAUCGCGAGAUUUCGUGCAGAGCGUAUUCAUCGAGUCGCAUUGCAUUGAUGCCAAUCUAGUGAUUGAUGGCAGCAUUUCGUACCCGUUCAACGAUGGUGCCAAAGUGCUGCUGGAAACCUAUCCCGAGGAUGCGCUGCUAACAAUUAAUUUAGACUGAAACUUGGAACAUGAAGUACGCAAAGUGCCUGCUCUUAAUCCCAAAGGCUGCAUUUCGAUUAAGCAUUGUCGGAACAUUUGAAAUUACAUACAAAACAUAUUUAAUGUUGCGUUCUUUCGCAACUCUGCUUAGUAGUGUAAGCUCGAAAGUUAUUUUGUUAUAAUAAAGUAUACAUAUACACAAUUUA